AAGGCAACACAAAAUAUUCAAUAAAAACAAGAAAGAGAAAAAAAAAAUUAUUUCCUUUUUAAUUUUUUUUUUGCAAUAUGGAAAAUGGAAGUCUUACACAACAACGCACCUUCUUUAAUAACAGUCUUGACGUGGUAAGUGGGUCCUACAAAAAGACUUCUUACCAUUAACAAUCGUGGUCCGAGCACUAGCCUGUUCUAACUUCCAACCCUUCUCUCUCUAUCUCCCUCGUCUUCUUCGUCUUCCAUAAUCAUGGCCUCUUGCGCCACCGGAACAGAGGCGGCGAUCAGAGCAGCGGCAUGUAGAGACGGAGAAGCAGCGGCCCAUCUUAAGCUGGUCUCCAUCUUCGUCAUCUUCCUCACAAGCGUUUUCGGAAUCUCCGGACCUGUUCUUCUCGCUCGUUACUUCCAAGGGAAGCCCCUCUACGAUAAAGCCGUCCUCGUUAUAAAAUGCUUCGCCGCCGGCGUGAUUCUCUCGACGUCUCUAGUCCACGUCUUGCCGGAGGCGUUCGAGUCUCUCGCCGAUUGCCAGGUGUCGUCUCGGCAUCCGUGGAAAGAUUUUCCGUUCGCCGGUUUGGUGACGUUGAUCGGAGUAAUCACGGCGUUGUUGGUUGAUUUAACGGCGAGUGAACAUAUGGGACACGGUGGUGGUGGUAGUGGUGGAGGGAUGGAGUAUGUACCGGUGGGUGAGGCGGUUGGGGGUUUGGAAAUGAAGGAAGGAAAGUUUGGGGCUGAUUUGGAAACACAAGAAAGUAGUGAGGAGGAGAUUGUGAAGAUGAAACAGAGAUUAGUGUCUCAAGUGCUUGAGAUAGGGAUUAUAUUUCAUUCAGUGAUAAUUGGAGUGACCAUGGGAAUGUCACAGAAUCAGUGUACCAUUAGACCUUUAAUCGCUGCUCUUUCGUUUCAUCAGAUUUUCGAAGGCUUGGGCCUUGGCGGUUGCAUCGCUCAGGCGGGGUUUAAGGCGGGGACAGUGGUCUAUAUGUGCUUGAUGUUCGCAGUAACAACACCUCUCGGGAUAGUACUUGGGAUGAUGAUUUUCGCAGCGACCGGUUACGAUGACCAGAACCCAAACGCAUUGAUAAUGGAAGGUUUACUAGGAUCACUAUCCUCAGGGAUUCUAAUAUACAUGGCCUUAGUUGACCUAAUUGCACUAGAUUUCUUCCAUAACAAGAUGUUGACAACGGCCGGUGAAUCAGGUUCUAAGCUGAAGAAACUUUGUUUUGUGGCAUUGGUCUUGGGUUCUGCUUCUAUGUCACUUCUUGCCCUCUGGGCUUAAAGAGGCAAAACUAUACAAAAGUUAUCAUAGCAAAGAAUGUUAUGUUUCUAUAUGAAUAUGGUUUUUAACUUUAUAAUAUAAUCUAUUCCACA